AUACAAAUCACCACCUUAUGCAUCGCAAUCAGUUUGUCGGCCAGCGUGAUGCUCAGUUGUCUGUUUCUGCCCAAGCUCUACAUUAUUUACAUUCAUCCUGAAAAGAAUGUACGCCGUCUGACAAUGAACAACCCGAAAGCCAAAGCGCGAUUGAAGGAACUCGGUCUGAAAACUGCCGACUCGAACGAUAAAAAUCGGAACAAAGAUAAUGGACCGCGGGGAAUCGGUUCAGACGAAGGAAACAGUGCGCUAGGCGGUGCGAGUCUGUUGGCCGCGCAGAGUUCAAAUAGUCAUACCCGAGCGUCUGCCACACUAACUAUGACCAGCAGUACGCGGAUGGAUGAGGUUGGUGAAUCUGGGACUGCAUUGGACAGCGUGGUCAAUGCCGACGUGGAUUUGACCAAACCAAGGAGGUCCUUUGCUCAAGCCGACGAUCAGAAGCCGAAAAACUCGUUCGUCAACGUGAUCUCCAACCCUUUAGUGGUCAAUGAAGCACCGAGAAAGGUGGAUAUAAAACCAACCACAGUUGUGCCCAAAUCGAGGCCAAGCAUAAAUUUGGGCAGCGUACCAGCGGGCACACCAGCAGCAAUCUAUCAGGCGAAGCAACCGAACAACUCCGAUUUUCCCACACCAACACCUCUAUUGUUGGACACGAUUCCAAAACGUCUCAUGUUAUCACCAACGUACUGCGAUGAGACCACCUCGAUGGAAGAGGACGACGGGCCGGUUGACGAAGAUAACUCAACGAUUGCGGGCGUUCCGAUGAGCUACCAGUGCGAGGCCUCUUCUUGUUCGCAAAUUGUUCUACCACAUCUCUAUCACAACGUACCCUAUUCACCCACAGACUCACUGUGUUCCGGUGAGACCGCUCACAGUUCCGACUUGUACAUACAAAGCUAUGGUGAUGAUACGCAAAUUGUGCCAAGUAUGACCAGUAAUAGUCUGAGUGUAGCCAGUGGCUCAGUGUUUAGUCAAAUGAGACAACCGCCAAAGACGAUCAGCCGAAUUGAUUAUUCUAAACAGACUGUCACUGCGUUGUAA